UUUCUCUCUCUUUGGUCUUGCUUUCAAUUGUAAUCUGUUCCAUUUUUGUUUUGUUAUUUGACGUCAACUUUAAGCCGCUGUAUUAAUUAGCUUACGUCGCGCUGUGGUGUCUGUCUGUUGAACUCGGCCGCAAUGCAGACCCGUAGAACUUCUCGUUGCUAAGUAGUAGAUAGUCUAGUAGAUAGUGUAAAUAGCUACAUCUAGAUACUUCUGAAGAUACCUUAUAGGAUUGUGUCAAUAGACACAGAAAUUGAUCAUUACGAGUCCAAACGCAAUAUUUCUCUGCAAGUAUCCAGCAUUGGAUGAAAUACAAUUUAGAAAUGAUUUACAAACUAUGUGUUCUCUCUCUGUUGAGCAUAUAUUUCCUCUCAUCAGUCUCGGCACAUAAAGAACGGAGCAACAGAAGUAGAACAUCACUAGAAACUAGGUCACAAUUAGAGAAAAAUAGGAAUCGUUCUUCACAAGAAAGAGAGCGAACUAGGUCACAAUUAGAGAGAAAUAGAAAUCGUUCUUCACAAGAAAGAGAGCGAACUAGGUCACAAUUAGAGAGAAAUAGGAAUCGUUCUUCACAAGAAAGAGAGCGAAAUAGAUCAAAUCAAGGACGACAAGUAGGAAGAAAUUCUCGACGACCAACAGCCUUUGAUGUUCAAAGUCGUCUUGUGUUCAACAGGUUAGAAACAAGUAGGCAUAUACAUUACUAUGAGACAUCCUACUCAUAUUCAUCAAGCCCAAAUCAACAGAGAAUAGUGUUAGAUGACUGGAGAAACCCUGAUUUACUGGCGAGAAUUAACUCUAGAAAUAAUUCUACUUCUACCAGAGGAGAGGUUGCUACUAAAGAUAAGUUGACAUUUCCAAGCUCUGGGGAAUGGAUACGUCUAAGAGGCAACAACAAGAUGUUGACAUCUGGCCUGGUUCAAGUUUACAGAGCUGGGAAAUGGGGCUAUGUUUGUGAUGACAGCUGGGAUAUUGAUGACGGAAGUGUAGCAUGCAGACAGAUGGGCUUUACUAGAGGUGCUUAUGCAGUGACAGGUAUAAGUGAAACACUACCCAAAUCACAAUGGGAUAAUGCAGAGAUCCUAAUGGAUGAAACACAUUGCACAGGGACAGAGAAGGCAUUACACCUCUGCCAAUAUGCUGUUGAACAUGAUUGCUCUCUCUCUGAAGUUGCAGCUGUAUUGUGUUAUCCAAAUAAAGGCUGUCCAGAUGGGUGGAUGUCUGGUUAUGGCAAGUGUUAUUCAUUUUAUCAAAAUGCCAAAGAUAUUCAAACUGCUGAGAAUUUCUGUGCUGAAAAGAAUGCAAGUCUUGUAAGCAUCCAGUCUCAAAGUGAAAAUCACUUUUUGUCUAAUACUUUGAAAAAUCUUAUGCCAGAAAUACACCAGUGGUAUACUUCUGGGAGAAAGUUUAAAAAUAUAUGGAAAUGGUCAAAGCUUGUUCAACUCACUAAUCAGAAGAGCGUUCGCAGUAGAAAUGUUAGAUCAGUUGUAACAGAUACUUUUUGGUUUCCAGGUUGGCCUUCAGUUAAUAAUACUCUUUCUGAACCUAAGGAUGACGUCAAAGCCAACUGCUUAACUCUUUCGGAUGAAUUUGAAACUCCUAUAAAAAAAACAGAAGUUGUGGACUAUUUUUUCUGGAAAGCUGAUGUUUGCCAGAAAGCAUCAGGCAUUAAUUUUAUCUGUCAGACUGAAGUGGAAACAAAACCAACAGAGGAUUGUUACACUGGUACUGGAUCUGACUAUAGAGGCUUUGCUACAAGAACUGAACAUGGAAGUCAAUGCUUAAAUUGGGCUGACUCAUAUAAAGCUAAUGAUAAUACUCAUCCUGGAAAGGGCUUAGGCGAUCAUAAUUACUGCAGAAAUCCAGAUAAUGAUACCAAACCUUGGUGUUGGACAGACCAUAUACAAGGACUUUUUGGAUUUUGUAGUGUUGAAAAAUGCUCAGAGGUUUAUGAAAUGACCACUGUGACAUCUCCAGUUGUGGAGGAAGAAAUGAAUUGUCCCCCUGAAGAGUUCUUCUGCAGCAAACAAAAUGACUGUAUUCCCAAAGCUUUUCACUGUGACAAAGAGAUAGAUUGUGACAAUGGUGAAGAUGAAGAAAACUGUGAAUAUAAUCUAGACAAAUUUCAAGUGACUACAUCUGCUACAUUACAACUUACCAUUACUUCUCAAGCUUUCACAUUUGCAACAUACAUAAAUGUGACAGAAGAAAAGUGUGCCAAGCUGUGUAUAAUGAGCACUGAGUACAUCUGUCGAUCCUUUGUGUACAGCUCCAUAAACCUAAAAUGUAACCUCUCCCAGUACAAUACUUUGAAUGGGAGUGUAGUCAAAACAGAAUUGUUUAAUUUUUAUGAACUGGUUUCUCAAAGAACAUGUGCUGGUAAAUUUCAAUGUGCCAAUGGCUACUGCGUAGCUCCAGCUCUCAGAUGUGAUGGAAAUAAUGAUUGCAUAGACUUCUCUGAUGAACUGGAAUGUAAAAAUGGAGAAAAAUUGAGUGUUAGUGUCUCUUUGGUAGAUGGUAAUGAAAAUUCUGGUACUGUUCAAGUUACUUACAUGGGAGAAAAAGGUGUCAUUUGUGAUGAUCUCUGGACCAUUAAUGAUGCUCAUGUGGUUUGCAGAAUGCUUGGAUAUAGGAAAGCAGAGAAAACAACAACAUUGAAUUAUUUCAAACACCCAACAGACCAAGUUGUUUUUCUUUUGGAUGAUGUAAAGUGUCAUGGAAAUGAAGAGUCAAUUGAAAACUGCACGAAGAGUCAGUGGAAGCAUCAUGAUUGUAAAGCCUAUGAGAUAGCUGGAGUCGUCUGUUUGACUUCUAAAGUAUGUGCUUCUGAUCAGUUCAAAUGCAAGAAUGGUGGUUGUUUACAGGCUGACAUGGUUUGUGACAAAACAGAUCAAUGUGGAGACAGGUCUGAUGAACAGGAUUGUGUCUACAAUGAAUUUAAACUAGUGAAUGGUAGUGGACCAUGGGAAGGAAGAGUUGAGGUCAUUAGAAAUGGAUUACCGGGGACAGUUUGUAGUGAUCAUUGGGAUGAAAAAGAAGUUGCUGUUAUCUGCUUGCAAAUGGGUUUUCGGUAUGGUGGUGUAAUAGCCAGCAAAGGAAAGUUUGGCAAAGGCUCUGGACCAAUAUGGCUAGAUAACAUGGAAUGCCAAGGCACAGAGUCUUCCUUGAGUGACUGCCAACAUGCUCAGUGGGGAGUAACUGAUUGUGACCAUUCUGAAGAUAUUGGUGUUGUGUGCCAUCUGAGAAGACAAAUAACCACCAAGCCCUCAACUGUUGCCACAAGUCAACAUGUAAAAACAACUACUAGUACUACAGCUAAACCCUCCAGUGCUGCAACUAACAUCAUUGUUAGUUUAGAAGGUGGCAGUGGUCCACAUGAAGGAAUUGUUACCCUAGUCAUCAAUCAAAGAAAAUAUUACAUUUGUGAUGAUAAAUGGGAUGAGAACGAUGCCACUGUCGUUUGUAGAAUGUUGAAUUUUAGUCAAGGAGGAGAGGCAACAGUUAAAUCUAAAUUUGGAGAUACAACAUCCACUAACUAUAUCUUGGAUGAUGUGAACUGUGCUGGUAGUGAGACUGACAUAAAGCAGUGCUAUGGGGUGAUUGGAACCAACAAGCAUGAUUGUCAUGGUGGGGAGCAGGCUGGAGUUAUUUGCAGAAACAGAGCUGUCCCAACUAAUCAGCCUAGUACCAAAAUUGGAAAUUGUGGUUUUCGUCCAUUGGAUCACAAGGAUCUGUUAGCUGACCGUGAGCGCAGGAGCAUAGACAAUGAUUUAAAUGCACCAAGAACUUUGAGCAGGCAGCAAAAUGAGAAAAUCAUUGGAGGUGUCUAUGCUCAACAUGGAGCUUACCCUUGGCAGGUUAGGGUGGAUAAGGUGUACAGUUCUAGAUUUGUUUCCCAUCACUGUGGUGCUGUCAUCAUCAGUGAGCACUGGUUGCUGAGUGCAGCUCAUUGCUUUGCAAAAGAACGUAAAUCAUCUUUCCAGGUAACUGUUGGAGAUCAUAAUAAAAAAGAAAAAGACCAAGGAGAACAAGUCUUUAGUGUAGAACAACUUUUAAUUCAUGGACAAUAUAUAGAAGGCAUCAAGGAUUAUGACAUAGCUUUAAUUAAAAUCAAACCUGUUAAUGGACAAGGCAUUCAGUUCAAUGACUAUGUCCAGCCAGCAUGCCUUCCAGAUGUUGACACUCGCUAUGACAAAAAUGAGAAUUGUAUGAUAUCUGGAUGGGGAAGAGCAUUUCAAGCCAAGAUCUAUCCUGACAUUCUAAAAUCUGCUAAAGUGCCCAUCAUUGAUCAGAAAGAAUGCUACAAGCUUUACAAUAACCACUACACAGAAAGAUCAUAUACUGACAGAAUGAUAUGUGCUGGCUACAGGGAGGGUGGUAUUGAUACUUGUGAUGGUGACAGUGGAGGACCUUUAGUUUGUAAUUUCCAAAAUGCCUACACUGUGUUUGGUAUUACCUCUUGGGGUGCUGGCUGCGCUCAGCCAGGAGCUCCUGGUGUGUAUGCAAAUGUGAAAGUCUUUUUACCAUGGAUCAAGUCCACAAUUGAUAGUUAUAGUAACAGUGAAGCUGAGAAGUAUCUGCCACCUAAACCAUAAGGCAAAGAACAUUUAUUUUCUUUAUACUUUGAAAAAAUAAACAUGAAUUCAGUAUUAAUUAUUAUGUUGUGCCAAAGCAAUAAAAAAUACAUAAAUAAAAUGUCUUAAUAAAAAAAACCUAAUCAAAUAAAAAUGAAGUCCACAGAUUCGUCUCAUAUUUGUAAAUUUUUUAAAAUGUUAAAUGUUUAUUUGUAUUUUGUAAAUAAAUCUCCGUAUCUAAAAUAUUUUAACAAAAGAAAUUGUUUGUUAUUCAAUUUCUCAGACAUUUUUUAAUGUGUGUCUUGCUCUUUUGUUGCUAUCUUCAUUCUCCAUUGUUUACUGUCUUUAGUCUAUUGCUUGAUGUUUUGCCUAAAUUUUCAUAUUGUCUCAGUUUGUUUUCUCUGUUUUUGACACUGUGAUUUGUGGUGCACCCUUCUGUAAGUUAGCUUUAUAAACAGAAGUCAUGAGGUCAUUGUUGAGUCUCAUCUACAGUUUGAACUUACUCCAGAUUUCCUCUUUUAUCUAAAUGUUGUUGACCAUUGAAUAAAAGAAUAUAUUCCUCA